UCCGUCUUCUUCUUCUUCUUCUUCUUCUUCACUUCAUCACAAACUCCACAUCUCUCCUCCUUUCUUCUCUUUCUUCUAUCCUAUCCAUCUUCCCCCUUUUCUCUCUUCCUGUUUCUCUUCUUUUUUCUACUUACAUCACCCCCCCGCCGCGAAUAGACUUUUAGAUCUGAGAGAUUGUUUUCCUUGUAACGAACUACGAAAUCUCGUUCAGGUCUUAAUUUCUUUUACUUCCAUCGUCUACGAACUUCUUCUCACAGGACGCCACUUAUAUUUGAGUGUGUGAGAGACUUUCCAGAGAAAGAAAUAUAUUAAUCAUAUUCCCAUACACAAGACGGUCUCUUUCCCAUUCUCUCUUUUCGAUAAUAUACCCAGAGGAGAAAAACCUCAAAAAGCUCAUCUCGACCUUCCUUUGAUAAAACGCUUUUGUUUCUUAUUACGUCGAGAUCUGGCGUGUUCUGUGAUUCCUACCGCUACUACUACUACUACCACUACUACGACUUAAUUUUAUCCACUUGAAAACCAGAACAACUUCCAAAUCAAGUUUCAACCCACAGCAACCGCAAACAUGGCAAACGGCUUGAAUAUUGGUUCUCUCAAGAUCGAUGAUCCCCAACAUCCUCCUGGGCCCAACCCCACCGGCCGAUCUGCUUAUAUCCCUCCCCAUCUACGCGGCAACGUCGCUCGUCCUCCCAUGGGACUGGAUGGAAGUGCUCCCGCUCAAGGUGGUCCGGGUUUGAACGCGAGUGCAUGGGCUCCAAAUAACGCUGGUCCCAAUCCUGGUGCUGGUCCUAACUGGGCAAAUGCUCCAAACUUCACUCCCCGUGAUCGCCCUCCAGGAGCUCCCCCAGCCAUGAACGGCAAUACCACCUGGGGCAAUGCUCCUCCCCGCCAGUUCAAUGCAAAUGACUACGGUAAACCAGGCGCCAGCUCGUUCAGAGGAUCCUCAUAUGGCGGUAGAGGCGGAGGAGUUCGUGGAGCUGGCGGACAUGGAUACUGGGACGACGGUGGAAACCACGUUCAGGGCCCGGAGAACAAGCGUCUCGAACGCGAACUUUUUGGCGAGGCUGACGAUCCCACUAAGCAACACACAGGUAUCAACUUUUCCAACUACGACAACAUCCCUGUCGAAGCUAGUGGCCAUGACGUUCCAGAAUCCAUUACCGCUUUCACCAAUCCUCCCUUGCAUGAACAUUUGCUGUCCAACAUCCUGCUGGCCCGCUACACAGUUCCCACUCCUGUCCAAAAAUAUUCCAUUCCCAUUGUCAUGGGUGGUCGGGAUCUGAUGGCGUGCGCUCAAACUGGUUCCGGAAAGACUGGUGGUUUCCUCUUCCCAAUCCUUUCACAGAGUCUCCAUAGACGUGGACCCGAAGCCGAAGCUACCAGAGGAUUAGGCCGUCAGCAAAAGGCGUACCCAACUGCUCUGAUCUUGGGACCUACUCGUGAACUUGUUUCUCAAAUCUACGACGAGGCUCGCAAAUUCUGCUACCGUACUGCCCUUCAUCCCCGCGUCGUGUACGGAGGAGCUGAGAUGGGAAACCAACUCCGCCAACUUGACCAGGGCUGCAAUGUACUCGUCGCCACCCCGGGACGUCUCGUCGAUAUGAUGGAGCGCGGUCGUAUUUCGCUGGCCCACAUCCAGUACUUGGUAUUGGACGAGGCUGACCGUAUGUUGGACAUGGGUUUCGAACCCCAGAUUCGUCGUAUCGUGCAAGGCUCCGACAUGCCUGAUAAGCAUAUGCGUCAAACUCUCAUGUUUUCCGCCACCUUCCCCCCGGAUAUCCAGAAGUUGGCAGAGGAGUUCUUGAAGGAUCACAUCUUCCUUUCCGUCGGGCGUGUCGGCUCCACCUCUGAAAACAUCACCCAGCGCGUCGUCGAGUGCGAAUCCGAUAAGGACAAGGACUCUGCUCUGCUCGACAUCCUUUGCACCGACUCUACGGGGCUGACCCUCGUCUUCGUCGAGACCAAGCGUCAGGCAGACAUGCUCUCCGACUUCUUGCUCGAUCACCGUCUCCCAGCUACUGCCAUUCACGGCGACCGCACCCAGCGAGAGCGUGAGCGUGCCCUUGAACUUUUCCGUACAGGCCGCUGCCCCAUCCUCGUCGCCACUGCUGUCGCAGCCCGUGGGCUUGAUAUCCCUAACGUCACCCACGUUAUCAACUACGACCUCCCGAACGAAAUCGACGACUACGUUCAUCGCAUUGGUCGUACCGGCCGUGCUGGUAACACCGGUAUCUCCACUGCCUUCUUCAGUCGCAGCAAGAACUUCAAGAUCGCCCGCAGCAUGGUCGACCUGCUCAAGGACGCCAAUCAGGAAGUGCCGGACUUUUUGGAAAAGCUCGGUCGUCAAGGUAGCUACUUUGGCUCCAGCGGUGGUGGUCGCGGUGGUGGUCGUGGUGGCCGUGGUCGCGGUGGAUCAAGCACAACCCGGGACAUUCGUCGCACGGGCGGUGGAUUCGGUGGAGGCAUGGGUGGCGGCCGCCCUGCCUAUGGAGGAUACGGCGAUUCCGGUGCUGGGCCCUAUGGCUACGGCGGUGCCGGUGCCGGUGCCGGUGCCGGUGGCUACGGAGGCGGCUACAGUGGUGGAUAUGGUGGAGGCAGCUAUGGUAACCCAUCCGGCCCCACUGGUCCAUCUUCCUGGUGGUAGAUUUCUAUUCCAAUUUCCAAAAAUCCAUAUCAAAAUUCAAAGAUCUCCUCGAAAAAAAAAAAACGGAAGGAGAUAUGCAAGAAAGGAGAGAAAAAGAAAGAAAGCAAUUUUAUGUUUGUUUCUGGUCUUCGACGCUGUGGCCCAUUACAGUUAAAACGAAAAAGGAGAGUUUUGGUUGACUCCCUCCUCAUUUCAUCUUCGAGCUUAUAGACUAAGUUGCGAUGUUAACGCAACCAAAACCGUCUCCUAAUUUUUGCCCGGGUGGCAUUUAUUCCAUGGAUGUUACCCACCCUCAGGAAUUUACCUUAUCGGCUUUGGUCAUGACUUGCAACGAAUUUCCUCUUUUUUUCUUUUUUCUUUUCUUCUCUUUCCUUUUCAUUUUCCUUGUUUCGUUUUUCCGUUUUUCCACUUUUUCUUUUACAUCUGAUAUUUCCUUCCUCGUUUUUCCUCGUUUUCCCUCGUGCUUGCUAGUGCGUGCACCAGAUUCCUUGACCUUUUUUUUUCAUUUUGCAGCUUGUUUCCUAAAACUGAGCAAAGAUCCACUUUUUUUCGUGUGUAAUUUUCCAAUAUCGUCUUCUCUUCCUUUGUCCUUUUCUAUUUGACCUUGUCAUUGUUUCCCAUAUGCUCUAUGAUGCAGUUUCGCUUUACUAUGUUCGUCGUUUCUGCCUUAUUUUCUCGCGUGCAUGUUUGUGCGUAUAUGUCUGUCUGUCUGGUCCAACGGGGCGGCUAACGUUUUGCAUGAAAAAAAAAGAUGCCCAACAAGGGGUGUGUCUACGGUUUUGGGCGUUAUAUUUUCCUUAUCCUUUUCUUUUAAACAGCAAAAGAUAACGAAAACUUGCGUCUUGCUUCCUCAGUUUAUACGGCAUGGUUGUUGUCGUUGUUUUCUUCAUUCCUUCUCAUUGGCUUCAUCGUUCGUCGUUUUCCCCGUGCUUCAGGAAUAUUUCUUUUAUAACUUUUCCCUUUCUCUGUUUCUUUUGUCUUGUUGCCACUAUGCAUGAACAGAAAGGAAAGGGAAAGGCUUAAAAAAGGGGAGUGGGGAAUUAAAGAAAGGAAGAAAGAAAGAAGUGCAAGAUGCAGGAGCAUAUUAUCAUCCAUCAUCAUAGACCAGCGUUUGAACGUAUUUUGAUUUUUGUUUUAUUCCCUACCUUCUGUCUCUUCUGUUUGUCCGUUUUUCCUCCAUUGUUUCUGUGAAAGGAAGAGCAAAAUAUAAAAAUUCGAAACGGAAAGCCUGCCCGUUCUUAUCAGAUACUCAGAUACCCAUGAUAUCCCUCGAAAUUUCUCUUUUUCUUUUUUUCCCUUUCCAUUGUCCUCUUCAAAAUGAAUAUCAUCUGGCCGCUCAUGCUCGUAUUCACGCACAUUUCCCCUUCUACAUUUUAUUGUUCUUGAUAAAGCACUGGCGAAAGAGGGCGGGGGAAGGAAGUAUAAGUGAAAGAAAAAGGGAACCGAUAGAACGGCUGGGUUUUUAGACUUAGGUAGGACCUAGUUAUAUGUACCUGCACUGCAGGAGCCUGAUAAAAAAACAUAUAUGCUUUUUUAAAAGAGAGUAACAAGUUCGAAAGCAACGUGUUUUAAUGAUGAUAGGCUUAUGGAGGCGCGAUUGAAUUUGCUUCAAAAUAUCCAGGCCAACUUGAUUGAUUGUAACCAGUUAUAUGCUGUUUUGGAAUGCUUUUGUGACUGCCCGAACUGCUGAUGGAUGAAAAGCAAACUCCUCGGCCAUUUUUAUAUCCAGGGCCGUCCUCACGUCUGUCUUGUUCAUGAACUUCUUGGAACGGGUAACUACAUCAUCUUCAAAUCGAGCAUCUUGAGGCUCAAGUCUAUAGGUCGCCGUCGACCUGGAUUUGGUACCCAUAUAGCCAACGACGUGGCCGUAUGGCGUACGCUCAAAACAUCGAAGGAAGGAAUAUCAAAAAAAGAGCUUCAGGUCCCGCCAGAGGGGAAUGGAUGUGCUGUGUGUUUUUGGAGUUCGUGGCGGCCAAAAAAUGAGCCUCUGCGAAUCUCAACGACGGAUGACACGGAGAACAACAUCGCAUGUUUGUCCUUGAGGAUCUUCUUUCAGAUAAACAGAUGGAGGUCAUGAUAGGGGUAACUAUCAUCAUCUCGUCUAGGGAGGAUUGUCUGGGAUGGGAUUCUUCAAUCGAGUGGUCAUGGUAGAGAGAAGCGCUUUUGGCAGUUAAAUAGCUGCAAGUAAAAUAUAAAAUAGCCUGCAAAUCUCUUUUGAAACAGCUCAUUGCCAC